ACAUUGAUGGGCUAGCUAGCAGUGAAAUCCAAGAGAGCUUUAAAGAUGAAUAAACCCUGUGGACUCAGGUACUUUUGACAUUUCUCACAUUGAUUAUGUUACAUUUCUAUUGCAGAGAAAUGAUUACCAACCAGAAGACAUUGACUGCUUUUUCUAUCAAUACCAGACUCAAUGUGAAGAACAACAAUGCCGGUUUCUGCAUAGAGAUAGCUGUAGGUUAUCAGCAGAUGUCUGUCUUGUGUGGCAUGAACAAAAGAGGUGCGCAAACAGAGACUGCUCCCAGAAACAUUUGAAUCAAGAGAAUCGAAAGAGAUGAAGAUACUUGGAGAAGGAAGUAUGACUAACUGCCGCCAUCCCUUCACUGCUGGUGUGUCAAAAGCCACCAGCUCCAUUCCUCACAGCACUGUAGCUGUACCUAUACCACGUAGAUUUUAGAGGUACAUAAAGGUGGCUUACCAUGAUCUUCUCAGAGACCCUGAGGAAGUACUUCUUAUGUGAUCAAGAGAAUCCAAAUCAUUGCUGUAAGCGUGAAAACUGCCGCAUGUACCAUGAGAAAGUCAGCUACAUCAAUGGAUGUUACCGUUCUGCAAAUGAAGUUCCAGUGUUAGCUGAAGAGAGAAGAAUUGAACGUAAUAAAUUUAUGGAAAAAAACUAUUCACAGACACAGAUGUCUCUGAAAAGUGCAAUGCAGUUUAUAAAGAUAUCUGUGGAAUUCAUCCAGUGUGCUGUAGGAAGCAAGAAGCUGUCUAGAGAAAGAGGAAAACAAUACGUUAAAGAGAUACUGCAUACAAUUCUGUUUCUAUGUUAUAUUAACAAUCCUUCUUUUGAACCACGAGACGUUUUGGAAGAAUCAGUGGAAUCUUGGUCUAACAAGCUUCCCGACGUGUUUGAACAGUACAAAACACAUCUUCCAACUCGACCGCCUUACACAAUUCUGCUUGAAAUAGUGGUUGACUUGGAAAAAUCAAACAUUACCGAAUUAAUUUUAGACACUCUCUCAAGUCUAAAUACACAAAUGACUGUGGAUCAAAAUCCCCAAGAAGGCAGGAGAUGUGGGAAUGUCUUUUGUUAUAUAUCAACAGUUAUCAGCUGCUGUUUCUUCUACAACUUGGCUACAAAACAGAAAACAGACAAUUAUUUUGGUGCCUCAGUUUCAUGCUUUGGAAGGCAUCAGAGAGAACUCAUGAUAGACAUACUGUGUUACCGCACAUGGAAUGAAGAUAUUAGCCUGGCAGUAUGUAUGGCUUCAGAGAGAAUGAAUACAGGCCUCCAACAGGCUAUUCAAUUCCGCCCUAUUGUGUAUUGUAAUGCGUACCAAAUAAAGAGUAAUUCUAACAUGCAGACAAGAACAUAUUCAGGCAAUGGCAAACAUCAACAACAUACCCCCAUACCACCUUGUAGAAAAUGCCUGGAUAUGUUCCCAGACAUAGGAAAUAAUCUACAACAACAAAACAAUGACCGUGCAUUUUGGCCAUAUGGGAACUGUGCUGAGGUGGAAUCUUUAAGCAGGCUUCUGAAUGCCCAUGGGUACAUCUGCAAUAGAAUGCCUGCUCCUGUAGGGGUUAGAUUCACCUUGCAAUUUCUUAAGCGUAAAAGAAGAGGAAGAAUUAUACACAACUUAAAACUAUUUAAUUUUCAUGUAGAUAAUAACAUUUUAUUUUACACACCUGAUGACCUACAGAAUGCAGUUUAAUGAAGGUUGUCUUAUUGUGCUAAUGUUUUUCUGUAAAGUGUGACUCACAAACUGUAAUAUUACAGUCAUUAAAAUGUUCCGAUGCCUUGAGUGCUCAAAACUAUAAUAUUGAGCUGCAAAAACUAAAAUAGAAAUUUAUGUCUGAAGUUCAGAACAGUAUUUGUAUAUACUUUGGACUUUGGAAACCUGGCUUGGAAGGUGGUGGAGGUGGGGUCUUUGAAUAUGUUUAAGGUAGAGGGAGCUAGAUUAUUGUUAGGUAAGGGAAUCAAAGAUUAUCAGGGGUGGAUGGGAAUGUGGAAUUCAAAACACAAAUAGACCGCAUCAUUUUAUUGAAUGGCAGAGCAGACUAGAGUGACUGAAUGGCCGACUACACUCCUAAUUCAUAUGUUCGAAUGUACAUUAAACCUGGAUGAAUUUCUGUAUCACAACAAUUAUCAACACUGCAUUUAGUAAUAUUUAUUUGAAAGUUGUGUUCGUGGUCAAUUAAUCAUUUAUUUUUAAAGUUUGUUUAAUUUUGUAAAUAAAUGGAAAAUAUAUAUUCAACAUUA